ACCAACGGCAUUUUGUCCAAAUUUAAAUUCAAGAUGAGCCUCCAGUUUCCAGGAUAAUAUUUAUUCAUUCGAUCAUGGCAUUUCUCUCACAAGACACCUGCUCUUCCUCCCUCGCCGACAGCUGGUUCCUUAAACCCUCCGGCGGCUCUGUUCCUAUUUAUAGUAAAUUUUAGCCCACUGGGCAACUGGGUUAUGUCCCGUUUUUGUUCUUGGAUUCUCCCUCCUCUCUUCGAAGCUCAAACCCAGUUCCGCAAAUGUCUUCUUCUGCAGCCUCGAGGAUUCUCAAUCUCAACAGACACUUCAAUCCCACAGACUCGCCUAAUAAGGGUGGCAGUGACAGUGAAGGUGGUUAUGGAGCGCUGGUGAAAUUGUCCCCAGAUGUCUCCGAAGCUCUAUCUCGUGGGCAUGCGGUUGUUGCUCUUGAGUCCACCAUAAUUUCCCAUGGAAUGCCCUAUCCUCAAAAUUUAGAAACUGCAAAGGAGAUGGAGGCUAUUGUGAGGGAAAAUGGAGCAGUUCCUGCAAUAAUUGCAAUCAUAGAUGGCAUACCAUGCAUAGGUCUGAGUGUAGAAGAGCUAGAGAGAUUUGCCAAAUUAGGAACCAAACCUCAAAAGACAGCUCGCAGGGACAUUGCAUAUGUUGUGGCUACCAGAGGAAAUGGUGCAACAACUGUUUCUGCAACCAUGUUUUUUGCGUCUAUGGUGGGCAUCCCUGUUUUUGUUACUGGUGGAAUUGGAGGAGUACAUAGACAUGGCGAGCAUACAAUGGAUAUAUCAUCUGAUCUAACUGAGUUUGGAAGAACUCCAGUAGCAGUUGUCUCUGCUGGCGCAAAAUCAAUAUUAGAUAUUCCAAAAACCCUUGAGUAUCUGGAAACUCAGGGGGUUUGUGUUGCUGCUUACAAGACAAAUGAUUUCCCAGCAUUUUUCACAGAGAAAAGUGGAUGCAAGGCGCCUUGUCGUGUGGAUAGCCCUGAAGACUCUGCUCGGCUAAUAGAUGCGAACAUGAAGCUCAAGCUUGGAAAUGGUAUUCUGAUAGCAGUUCCGAUUCCUAAAGAACAGUCAGCUUCAGGAAGCUUAAUUGAGUCCACUAUACAAAAAGCCCUAAAAGAAGCCAGGGAUAAGAAUAUAACGGGCAAUGCUGAAACUCCAUUUGUGCUUCGAAGAGUCAAUGAACUAACUGGAGGAGCCUCACUGGCUGCAAAUAUUGCACUGGUGAAGAACAAUGCACUUGUUGGCGCUAAGAUUGCAGUUGCCCUUGCGCAGUUGGGAGGAUCUGGUAGCAAAGAUUAGCUUACCUUUUCUUCAGUUGUUACUAAUGUGAGUAGAUCAUGUUUUGAGUAAAUGCCUGUCAAUAGAAGAAUAAAUUUUUAAGCACGGGAAAAUAAACACUGAGCUGAUAGCUUGUUUCUUCUGUUUCCUUUAUUGAAAUUUCUACUUGUUUUGAGUUCAAGUUCAAGACAGUCAUGGUUAUAUACAUAUCUGCACGCCAGUAAUUGCCUGUGUAAUAUAUAUAUAUAUAGAAUUUAAGAGAAAUUCCUUUUCUAUAUUUUAAGAUGUAAAAGUAAAGACCAAAAGAGUGGAUGAGUAAUGAAUUGUUGUAGUCUUGUAGAUACUAUGUGGUAGUAUUUUUUUGUUUAAAAAUUACCUAUAGUUUU